AUUGGUCGUGUGCUCGUGACUGGUGAUGAUGAUAUACAUUUUUGAAGAAGGUUGAAUUUUAAAAAAAAAUAAUAAAAGUUGAUCAAAAUUUUGUGUUGAUGAUAAAUUAUAUUGAUGAUAAUAAAUAAACGAGCUGGUAUAUUGAUAAAAAAAUAAUUUUAUGGCGAGACAAGCUGGUGAUUGUGGAUCGAUAUGUUUAAUGGCACUUGUAUUUUUGAUUAUUUCUAGCAACAGCAAUUGUAUUUGUUAUUGUAAGAGUAGAGAGGAAUUAAUACUGAUUACUGAUAGAUGCAAUUGUGCUGGGGAUUAUUUGCAAUGUAAUUUGAAGAGCGUUGUUGUAAUGCAGGUUAUAAGAGUGUUGGUGUCUGGAUGUUGAUGUUGCCGUUAACGUAAUGCUUGUGGAAAUUUAAAACGAAAAAACGUGUGUCAACAACAGGCGAUGAUAUGUAUCACGUUUUUAUCAGUGGAUACCGCCUGGUGGAGGCAGACCAUGGCAAAUCAUUUUAUGUUUAUACUAUUGAAGUGACGGAUACUGAUACUACUGUUAAGUAUACCAUUGAGAGGAGAUAUAGUGCUUUCAAUGCAUUACAUAGACGGUUGAAAAAAAUAAAUGACACAAUAUCAUUUCCGCCUAAACGAGUACGUAAUUCACAGCCAAAAGUAUUAGAACUGAGAAGAGCUGCUUUAGAAAAUUAUAUUAUAAAAAUGUUACAUUUGUCUGAGACAAAACAACAAGUAUUGGAAUUUUUGGGAAUAGAGAGUUGUAAAAAUACUAACAGGAUAACUCCUAAAAGUAAUAAAGUGGAUAUGAAAAAAAAUUUUAAUGGAAGAGAUUCACAAAGUGCAAUAGGACAUCACCCUGUGAUAACAUUUAAAUAUGACCCGUACAUAAAUCCUGAUAAUACUUCAAGUCUUCCUGAUAUUGUUAUACAAGGUGCGCUGGAUGGUAUCUACAAGUCUUAAAAUAAAUCCAACUACUCGAUGAUAAAUUAAUUGAUUGAUAAUAAAACUAAAAAAAAUAACAUCGCCAAAUUUUUAUGAAUACUUGUAUAAACUUGUCUGUGAUUGAAUUUAUAAAUUAUAUAUUUAAAUAUAUUAAAUAAAUUUUUAUUUUUGUCUGUAUAAAAUGUUUUAAUAAAUGU